ACCAGGUUUUGCGGCUCCCGAAUUCAGCGGUGCCGACCGGCCACAGUGGUGGGGGAUUGGGGUGUUCAAUGUUACCAUUCUACGGAGCAGAAAGCAAGAUUCCCUAAACGGCGGCCCGAGAGAGAUUGCACAGGUGAAAUAGUGGGAAAGUGAUCAAUAUACGGGGACGGCAUGGUGUGCGGACUAUGAGCGUGACUCUGCACUCGACGAUGGACGCGGCUCCUUUACGCCGUCAGCCGCCACACUGCACAUUGCGAGGGAGGUGUGCCCCUUACGCGUUCCCGUCACCGUUCAAUUGUCGCGCCGAUAUGACAUGAGUACUUUUCUAUGCCGUUUCAAAAAACAUUUUCAAUUUGUUUACCUCUUCGGCUGCAGGAAUUUAUUUAAAAUAUGAAAUAAUGUACUGGCCGGCACGAUGGAUGGAGGCAGCGAUACUGUUACUAAUCGGGUGCACAUGUGCGUCGGUGGGAGAGGAUGGGAACGUGCUCCAUAUCGGCGGCAUCUUCGAGAUAGCCGGCGAGGGCGGAUGGCAGGGGGGCCAGGCCUGCAUGCCGGCCGCGAAUCUCGCCCUCGAGGACGUGAACGCGCGCAAGGACCUCCUGCCCGGCUACGUGCUCAAACUCCACAGCAAUGAUAGCGAGUGCGAACCGGGACUGGGGGCGAGCGUCAUGUAUAACCUGCUCUACAACCAGCCCCAGAAGCUGAUGCUGCUCGCAGGCUGCAGCACUGUUUGCACGACGGUCGCCGAGGCGGCCAAAAUGUGGAACCUGGUGGUGCUGUGCUACGGCGCCAGCUCCCCCGCCCUCUCGGACCGUAACCGCUUCCCGACGCUGUUCCGCACCCACCCCUCGGCCACGGUCCACAACCCGACGCGUAUCAAGCUGAUGCGGAAGUUCGGGUGGUCGCGGAUCGCCAUCCUGCAGCAGGCCGAGGAGGUGUUCAUCUCGACCGUGGAGGAUCUGGAGGCGCGGUGCACAGAGGCGGGCAUCGAGAUCGUGACCAGACAAUCGUUCCUCUCCGAUCCGACAGACGCCGUGCGGAAUCUGAAGAGACAGAACGCUCGAGUCAUCGUCGGACUGUUUUAUGUCGUCGCGGCCAGGAGGGUGCUCUGCGAGCUCUCCAGACAGAAGCUGUACGGGAGGUCCUACACUUGGUUCUUCAUCGGUUGGUACGAGGACAAUUGGUUCGAGAUGAACUUGGAAAAGGAGGGCAUCGAAUGCACCGCAGAGGAAAUGAGGGAGGCGGCCGAGGGUCAUCUGACCACCGAAGCCCUGAUGUGGAACCAAAAUUUAAAUGAGCGCACCAUCUCCGGAAUGACUUCGGAGGAUUUCAGGCUGCGGCUAAACGACGUACUGCGAAGGGAAGGUUACGACAUCGAUAAACAACGCUACCCCGAAGGGUAUCAGGAGGCUCCGCUGGCCUACGAUGCUGUGUGGUCGAUCGCCUUAGCUUUCAACAAGACAAUGGAUCGACUGCACAAGUACGGAAAAAGCCUCAAAGAAUUCAAUUAUAACAAUAAGGAAAUCGCUGAUGACAUUUAUUCAGCGAUUAAUUCUACCCAAUUCCUAGGAAUUUCGGGCUUCGUGGCUUUCAGUUCCCAAGGAGAUCGUAUCGCCUUAACGCAGAUAGAACAAGUUAUAAACGGCAGUUAUGUGGUACUGGGAUAUUACGAUACACAGGCAGAUAAUCUUACGUGGUUUGACAAAGAAGUUUGGAGCGGUGGAAAAGUGCCUCAAGACAGAACAAUCAUAAGAAGAGUGUUGAGAACCGUUUCCUUGCCUCUGUUUAUUUGUAUGUGCGUAAUAUCUAGUAUUGGCAUAUGUAUUGCUAUCGGACUUGUUGUUUUUAAUAUAUGGAAUAAUCAUAGAAGAGUAAUCCAAUCAUCCCAUCCCGUUUGCAAUACGAUUAUGUUGUUCGGUAUAAUAGUUUGUUUAACCUCCGUGUACCUCCUCGGUUUAGACGGUAGAUUCGUUACCCCAGGUGCCUAUCCCAUUGUGUGUCAGACGAGAGCUUGGUUCCUGUCUAUAGGAUUCACCCUGUCUUUCGGUGCGAUGUUCAGCAAGGUGUGGAGGGUGCACCGGCUCUCCACCAAAGCCAAAUGCGAUCCAAAAGUCAGAAUGAAAAAGGUCGAACCGUGGAAACUGUAUUCCAUGGUUUCCGGUUUGCUGGUGAUAGACUUAAUAAUAAUGUUGGCGUGGCAGUUGCUCGAUCCGCUGCAAAGGAGAGUCGAACUCUUUCCACUGGAAGAUCCAAUCUCGUCGGCCGACGAUUCCAAGAUAAGACCGGAGUUGGAGCAUUGUGAAAGCCACAACAACAACGUAUGGCUAUCGAUUAUGUACGCUUACAAGGGCUUGGUUUUGAUUUUUGGAUUGUUCCUUGCUUAUGAGACAAGGUCGUUGAAGGUCAAGCAGAUAAAUGAUUCAAGAUAUGUGGGAAUGAGUAUUUACAACGUUGUAAUAUUAUGUUUGAUAACGGCGCCGGUCACCAUGGUCAUUGCCAGUCAGCAAGAUGCUAGUUUCGCCUUCGUGGCAUUAGCAAUAGUCUUUUGCUGUUUUCUUAGUCUGGCCCUUAUAUUUGUGCCUAAGGUUAUUGAAGUUAUAAGACAUCCACGAGAUAAGGCUGAAAGUAAAUAUAAUCCAGAUGUCGGAAUUUCUAAGGAGGACGAGGAGAAAUAUCAAAAGUUAUUGAACGAAAAUGAAGAUUUACAACGACUAAUCGCCCAGAAAGAGGAGAAGAUCAAGCUGUUGAAAGAUCGUCUGGCGGAAAAGGAGGUGGGCAAAGGGAGUCUGACGCCCUCCGGCAUUACCCAAGAUACGAAAGACGAAAGAAUAUAGUCUGCAAGUUCAAUGAAUGAAGAACAAACAUAAUUAAUGACUACGCAUGGUAGGUAUACUCUUGAAAUCAGGAUUUUACAGACACAUCAAUUUAUUUUAAAUGACAUCUCGCAUAAUUUACAGUUUUGCCUUGUGUAAACUCCUGAUUUCUCAAAUUUAAGUUAAAAAUUAAAAAAAAAAAAAGGAUGAGUUAAAUGAAGAUCGGCCUUUCCGAGGUCACAACUCAAUUAUCCUGUACAUAUUAUAAUGUAAGUCAUCGAGAUGUUAAACAAACAUUGUAAAUAGUUCCCUCUUUCUUUUGACCUAAAUCAAAACUAUCCCCCUUGAGCACUGCAACUGCAAAGCAUGAUGAUAGAAAGGUUUCAGCUUCGUUUAAGCCAUCCUUCGAAAAGACAAUAUGAUGAUAAUGUAAGAAAUAUGUAGUUUAUAAAUUGGUUAAAAAAAAUAAUAAAAAAGAAUAUUAUCAUGAAAUAAGUUUGCUGUGAAAAAAUAACUGUUUGAAAUUCAAAAUCGUGAUAAAAUAAAAAUUGUUGAAUCUGUAUCGGCACAGAUUUCAUUAAGUCAAUUCAAUAAGAAUAAUAAUUAUUCUUAGUCAGGGAUUUUAUUUUGUCAUAGCCGUUUUUGUUGGUACCAAAACGAAUUUAUUUGUAAUGUAGAAGCUUAGCACAUUCAUAUAAGGCGUAACAUAGAUAAAUAGAUAAUGAACUCAAAAAAUGGUUGUGUCGAAUUCUAUUAACCUACCCCACACACACACUCGGCACCAAUUCAUUCAUCUCCCUGCUGCAUUACUUUCUUGUCAGCACUUUUUACAAAGUAUCCAACGCCUUAUGUGAACUAAGUCUGAAUAUCUAUUGUGCAUAAAACAUAUAUGUGAUAGACUUAACUAACUCACUACGUAAUUUUCAUUGGUAGAUAACUUCGAUGUGUUUGGUUUGCUUGUUUCCUUAUUGAAGAAUUUAAAUAUAUAUAUUGUGAGCUAAGUGAUCUUAGCAUUGUUACCUUAUAGUGAGAUAAAUCGCUCAAUGUUUAGUGAUAUCGUUUAGAAACAAGUUAUAUUGUCUGUAUCUGUAUAGCAAAAUUGUUUCAUUUUCCUGAACCUGUAAAUAUAUGGCAUAACCAUGUUAAUCAAUUUACUUUAAUGCAGCGAAUUUUUUGUCUUGUUUUUUAAUUGCUUUUAGUUCGUUUUCCUUAUAGUGAAACGACGUAGAAUCUAUGAUCUAUGUUAGAGGGUUGAAUCAGUUUUAGUGUUAAAAUUGUAAUAAACAAAGGUUCUGCUUCAAUAUAUAUAUAUAUAUAUAUAUAUAUAUAUAUAUAUAUAUAUAUAUAUAACGUAUACAGUAGGAAAAUCGUUUGAUCCGUGAGAAAGACGUCUGCUCCAUAGUGGAAGACUUACUGUCUCUAUUGUUCAUGAUGUCUCUUUCAAGAUUCAGAUGGACCAAAGUCUUUUCAUACUGUAUACUGUGUCCACAGACCUUUUCCAAAUUCAAAUAAAAUAAAAAACCGUAAUAGUAUAAUUAUAUCAUUAAAUUGUCGAGAGAAGCAAAAGAGAUGAGCUCAUUUAAUUUUCCACGGUGGAAGUUUCGAUGUAAAUUUGAAAUGAAAUGCUCAUUCCCAGAUACGUAUUUCAGAUCCAAGCAACUGCUAUCAUAAAUGAAAGCAUGGCUAGCAUUUUCCACCGAGUAUAAUGUACUAGUCGAGUCGUAAAUGAAAUCACGGUGUGGCCAAGUGAGCCAGUAUUUUUCUUAUAUUAGGUGGAUCUAUAUAGACUAUACUAAAAAGUAAAAUUCUAAAUGUUGUGAUAGAGAUACUUAGUGAUAAAAAAAUUAAGACGCGGUGCUUGGAAAACUGUUGUUGCAUCUGUGUCAGUAAUUUUCUAUAUUUAAUAAAGAAACGUUAAUCUGAUUCGUUUGUAAUGUUUUACAAUUUUAAAUGUUUAUAUGUUCUAUCUAUUUGUGAACGCUCUGUUACCAACAAAUGGACACAAGCACUAUCUCUAAUUAUUAGAAUUUCUCUAAAAUGAAGACAGAUUAACUUAAGCUUGAUUGAUUGAUUGAUUGAUGUAGUUUGUUUGGCAUGAUUGCUGUAUAAUAUCGAAUUUUGAUAAUCAAAUGUACGAAGCUUAUAUUUUUUUCACUUUAAAUACAGCCAUUGUACCGAUCGUACCUAGAUAAGGGAAGAUGAAGUUUAAUUAAUUGUUAGAUUUUCUAGUAUCAAUGUUAUAACGAGAUCCAUUGUGACUGUUUCUGUUGACGAGAAAUAAUAUAAAAAUGAUCGUUAAUACACUUUGAAAAGUUGUACUGAUUAAAAACAAUGAAUAUAUGUUCGUAUUAUUUUAUUAAUAAAUGUAUAUUCUCGUAUUAUUACACUAUUUUGUAAUGUGCAAUUUUAUCUAAUGAAACCACAACAAAUGAUGGACGGCAUUUGGACAUAUCAAGACCUUUUUGCUAUAAAAUGCAUAACGCAAGAAACGCGUAAAUCUCCUGUUUGUGGUGGUUCCGCAUAUGAAUAAUUACAGUUACAUAUUUCCUAAGUGUUAUUUAUAUUUAUAAUAAUAAUAAUGGUGGUAAUUGUGUUUUUGCACGGUGUCUGAUUUAGUGCAAAAAUAUGAUUACAAACGUUUAAAAAUUUUUGGAUCUAGUAUGCAAAUAAUUUUCAUUCAAAUUAGACUUAGCCAAUAAUACUCGAGAGUUUAAGGCCUGUGCAAAAUAAAAAUUAAUAGAGUGUACAAGUUUUAAACUAAUAUUUUCGUCAUACCUAAACAAAUCGUUUUUGUUUACGCAUAAAUAAAUUAUGUGUACAUAUUGUUUUUAAUACAAUAGUUACCUAAUAGUUGUGACCUAUAUUAAUGUCUAGCAAUAUAUUAUUAUGUGUUAGUCGAUAAAAUGCUCUAAAUAUGUUAUUUGCUCUUUAAUUUUAUCACAUGUUGUAAUUAAAAUAUGUAAUAUGAUCUCCACUUUUCAUCACAAUAAAAUUCUAGAUAGGUUACAUUUCACAAUGAUUUUCACUUGGAGAUUGUAUUAACCAAGGCAUUUUUUACAAUAAUAUAUCGUUUGAGGUCGUAUAUUAUUAUGAAAAAUGCAAUAUGGUUGUACCUCAUUGAGGCUCAAAAUGCGGUACGACUAUUUAGUUUAUAAGUAAAUAACACUUUAUGUUAGAAAACUAUUUGGAUAAUAUAAGUACAUAAGAUGAAUAAGUAUUGAAUAGUACCUAUACAUUGCAGUUUUACUGUCGAAAUAUGUGUUCAAAACCCAAUCAGCUACCUAAUCUUAUGUCAAAUUAAAACUUAAGU